GUUUCCAGGCAGAAGAGGAAAGAGAAAAGGCAGAAAAGGAAACUUGAACGGCAGGCUCAGCUAGGACAAAAUGUGGAGGGCAUUGCCUGUAAAAAAGUGCGAAGUGAGAUCCAUCCCAGUGCAUUACGUCUUAUAAUAGACUGCAGCUUUGAUCAUUUAAUGUUAUUACGAGAUGUGAAGAAGUUAAACAAGCAAAUUAGAAGGUGUUAUUCAGAAAACCGCAGAGCAAUACACCCUGUUCAGUUUUAUCUAACCAGCCAUGAUGGACAACUGAAAAGCAACAUGGAUGAAUAUGACAAAGGUUGGAUCAACUGGAAGGAUAUACACAUCAAUUCUGAGCAUUAUAAAGAUCUCAUGAAGUCUGAAGACCUUGUUUACCUCACAUCUGAUUCUCCUGAAGUACUCCGUGAACUAGAUGAGACCAAAGCUUACAUUAUCGGUGGUCUUGUUGAUCACAAUCACCACAAGGGCAUUACAUACAAGCAAGCUCUGGAUCUUGGUAUCCGCCAUGCUCAACUUCCUCUUGGGAGUUUUGUGAAGAUGAAUAGUCGCAAAGUCUUAGCUGUGAAUCACGUAUUUGAGAUCAUACUUGCAUAUCUGGAGAAGAAAGAUUGGAAGGAAGCAUUCUUCAGUGUUUUACCUCAACGUAAAGGAGCAGUGCCUAUUGAUGAAACCGGUGAGGCCCCAACAGAAGUUUCCUUUACUCUGGAUGAAGCGGAUCACUUACUGGACAGUGAUUCUGAUUCUGGCGAUGAUGCAGAACAGAUAGAGCUUGGAAAAGAACAGCAUAACAAUGACAAAUGA